GUCAACUUUUUCAUACGUUCAGUUUUGUGAAACUCAAGUAGCCAACAAAGAGUUAACGUGCAUAACGUGACGGUGGCUUCAAAAGCACUCGUCGCUUUUGGGAGAGAAUUUUGACAGCAUAAAGCAGGGCAUGCAUUUCAGCGAGCGCAGAGCAGCGCUGUGUCGCUUCCUCAAACUCCACGUCGUCAGAUGGAUUUCUUUCAUUAUGCCAAUCAAGGAAGUGUUCAUUUUUCAGAUGUUGGCACAUCAGCGAUAUUUGCACUAAAUAGACUUUUCUCUGAUAUGGGUUGUAACUGACGUGUGAAUAUAAUAAAGGGGGAAACAGAUGAGCUGUUAAGGACAUGACGCCAUCAGUAGACCUCUCCAUCUGUCUUCUGACGCUUCUAAUUCCGCUGACCCUCAGUGGAAAGGUACUGGUAUUUCCACAAGAUGGAAGCCACUGGGUAAACAUGAAGGUGCUGAUCGAGGAGCUCCAUGCGCACGGCCACGGUGUGACGGUCGUCCGACCCGCAGACAGCUGGUACAUCCAGGAGCACUCCCCCUACUAUACCUCGCUCACCAUAGACAUCGCUGCCGGAGCAGAUGAGGCUUUCUUCAGCUCAUUCGUGUCCAGACAGCUGCAGAUUCAAAGGGAGGGAUCCUCCGUUUGGACUCGGCUCGCUUUGGACAUGGAGCUCAAGGAGAAGUUCUCGGAGGUUCACCACAAGGUCUGUGAGAUGGUGGCACAGAUGCUGGGGGACCCUGAGCUGGUGCAGGCUCUUCAGGACGCCAGGUACGACUUGGUUUUAACAGACCCUGCCAACGGCGGAGGAGUGGUACUGGCCCACUACCUCAAACUGCCACUCAUCUUUAACGUGCGGUGGACGGUGCACGGCGAGGGUCAUUUUGCCAUCGCUCCCUCGCCGCCUUCGUAUGUUCCAUUCCCCGUGGCCAAACUGACCGAUCAAAUGACUUUUGUUCAGAGAGUACGCAACUUUCUCAUGUAUGGCUUCAGGAUGUUUCUUUACCGCCGUACUGUUGGGCCGCCCUAUUCGGCCUUGGUUAACAGGUACUUUGGUCCAGACGUAGACUACUUUGAGCUAUUUCAGGCGGCAGACAUUUGGCUGAUGCGAGUCGACUUUGUGUUUGAGUUCCCACGCCCCACUAUGCCUAACGUUGUUUACAUGGGUGGGUUCCAGUGUAAGCCAGCAAAGCCCCUUCCUCAAGACCUGGAGGACUUUGUACAGAGCUCUGGAGACCACGGAGUCAUCAUCAUGUCUUUGGGUACCUUGGUGGGGCAGCUUCCGAGGGAUAUUGCUGAUGAGAUAGCUGUUGCAUUUGCUCAGCUGCCACAGAAAGUAAUUUGGAGAUACCCUGGCGACAGACCAUCUGCUCUGGGAAACAACACCUUACUGGUGAAGUGGUUGCCUCAGAAUGACCUAUUAGGACAUCCCAAGGUCAAGGUCUUUGUGUCUCAUGGGGGCACCAAUGGUAUCCUAGAAGCCAUCUACCAUGGGGUGCCAAUAGUUGGCAUUCCCUUGAUAUUUGAUCAAGCAGACAAUCUUUCCAAAAUGCAAGCUAAAGGUGUGGCAACCGUAGUGGACAUCGCCUCUUUGGACAGAGGGGUGUUCCUCCAGGCUUUACAGGAAGUGCUCCAUGAGCCGUCCUACAGGGAGAACAUGCAGAGGCUCUCCAGGCUGCACAGAGACCAGCCAAUGAAGCCCCUGGACCGAGCCCUCUUCUGGAUUGAGUUUGUAAUGAGACACAAAGGUGCUGCUCACCUGCGCACAGAGUCCUACAAAAUGCCUUGGUACACCUACCACUCAGUGGAUGUAGUACUGUUCUUGCUUGCUGUCAUGACUACUUUUGUGGCUACUUUUGUUUUUGGAAUGAAAUUUCUGUGCACCAGGAUUUGUUGCAGAUACAAGUCAAAACAAGACUAAUAUGAAUAGAUACUAAAUAUAAAUAUAUUAAUAUAAAUGUUAAUAUAAAUGACUAAUGUAGAUUUAUAAAUAAUAGGCCAGUAUAAUAUAAAAUAUUUACAGGAUAAGGACUUUUUUUAAAUGAAAAAGGAAAGUUCAUUAUUCAUUGAGUCUCAGAAAAAAGAAAGAUGGACUCAACUACUGCACUGAACUAAUGUUACUAACAAACCAGGAAUGUAGCUCUUCAACAAAUCUGUUCAAAUAACUUUUUUAUUAUUAUUUAAAUAAUAUCUUUUGGAAAUAGGGAUCCCCUUGCAAAUCUUCCCUUAUCGUACUGCUAUGCUUCCCCUCCCUACCUACACACCAGUCCCACAGCUUACGGAUGGCCCCUACACACCACUCCCACACACAGACACACAGACACACACACACACACAGACACACACACACACACACACACACACACACACACACACACACACACAAACACCACUCCCACAGCUGACGGAGGCCCUGCUAACUAUCAGGAGCGUUUCAUUGGUUCUCAGCGGAGGGGUUCUGUACUAGUCAGAGUGAGAAACAAUCUUGUAGGCUGUAAACUGUGUCUGUUGUCCAACAGUCACACGUGUGUCAAUUCAGGGAAACCCCACUUUAAGUACUGGAAAGUAUUUUAUGCUGCCCAAAGUCAGUCACAACUGAGGUUUAUUUUUUGUAAAUAAAAAUUGAUCUAUGAAGUAAGUUUGCAAAACUACGAUUGCAAAAAGAUGUGUACACAGGCGAUUAGAAUGUUAAAGGGUGUGUUUACAUGCCACAGUCAAUGCUAUUUUUGUCUGGUUGCUGGUCAUACCGCAGCACAAAAUCAAAGUAGCGCUACUGCUUGUAUCCACCCAGAGAGGCUUUCUGUAUACUAGCCUUGCUCUUACUGCAAUGACCUUCCCUGUGAGUCCAAAUAUUAGUCUUCAGAUGAAAGCCACUGAGAAUUUGAAGCUAAAAGGGCGCUUUGCCUUAGCAGAGCUGGCGAGGUUGGUGGUUAAUAGCCGAUCCAAACACAUCAGAUCUCACUUGAGACUUUGCCUGUUGGAAACGCCAUUAACCUGGAAUGCCAGGCUGCUUGUUACGUACAUGACAAUGUCUCUGCAGGCGUUUGCCACAAAUGUAGACUUAUUGCAACUGCCUGCUUAGUGACUGAAUGUAAUGUGUUCUCAGUGAUUAGGCUAUUUGUUUGAAUGUAUGUUGAACCAUUGGGACUGAGAACACACUGUUGUGACUGAUGAGGUCAGAGAUGUGACCUCUAUAAAUGUGAUUAUUCAACCACACUAUGCUUCCCUUUGUUUUUUCUAUGUGCAAUUUUCAAGGAUUU